GUUUCCUAUAUCAGAGCCGGUGUACGCAAACCGAAGUUGGCAAGCUCAGAAGCUCAUUCUCUCUGCCUUUCACUCACUCUCGUCUGCUCAUUCUUCAAGAUGCGGUUCAGGUCUACUCUUUUGGCCCUUGGGUCUGUUGCUCAGCUGGCCUUGACCUCUGAGGCUGCUCAAAACAACACGGGAUCUGCCCUCAGUCUUGAGUAUGACUUCAUCAUUGUCGGUGGUGGAACAACCGGCCUUAUCCUAGCGGACCGUCUUAGCGAGUCUGGUGAUCAACGAGUGCUAGUCUUAGAAGCUGGGCCUGACCCCAAUGUUGUGGCUAUGCACGAGGCACCCGGUGCUGUUGAGUACAUCUCGGGUACUGCGAUUGAUUGGAACUUUUACACUGAACCGCAGGAAUAUCUUGGCGGACGUAAAUUUGCCUAUCACCGUGGUCGUGGUCUUGGUGGCAGCAGUAUCCUCAACGGCUUAUACUAUGGCCGCGGUUCAGCUAAUGUCUAUGACCACUGGGUUGAACUUGGAAACCCCGGCUGGGGCUGGGAAGAGGUUUACCCUGAGUUCAUCAAGGCUACCCAUUUCAACCCGCCAAACAACGGAACUGGAUACAACCAACGCUACCAGACCUGGGAUCCGACGGCCUACUCCGACGGCCCCUUGGAGAUUGGUUUCCAGGGUUUUGUUCCUCCUUCUAGUGUUGCAUUCAUCGAGGCUUGCGAAGCCGUCAACAUUCCCAUUGUCCAGGACUUGAACACUGGCAGGAAUGUGGGCGUCAAACAGGGCUCUGCUACCAUCAACUCCAAGUAUCGACGCAGCUCGGCAUAUGACUACUACAAGGCCAUCAUCAACCGCCCAAACUUGCUGAUCCUCCACAACUCACCCGUACAGCAAAUUACGUUCACAAGAAAUGCCACCGGCACACCGGCAGCAAGCGGCGUCAUCUUUAUCGACCACUCUCUUGGACGUUAUCGCACCAUCUCAGCUUCUAAGGAAGUUAUCGUGACGCUGGGUACUUUCCAAUCUCCUCAAAUUCUGAUGGUUUCGGUAAGCAAUCUCUUCUACAUGUGGCUCUUCUCAUUGGACUUUUCAUUAAUGUGGAUGCAGGGAAUUGGGCCGAAAGACAUAUUGGAGGCUUUUGACAUCGAGCCGGUGGUAAUCAACGAGAACGUUGGACAACACAUGAUGGAUCACAACGUUUACAGCAUCUCGGCAACCGUGAUCCCCGAAGCCUCAACUCACUACCUCAUGUUCAACACCACCAACGUUGAAGCGUCGCAAGAUGAGUACUACUCCACUGGCAAGGGUGUCUACACGGCCCCUGGAGGCAUCACCAACGGCUUCCAGGAGUUGUCCAGCGAGCAGCUCGGAUCAAUCGGCGCCGGUGCAGUCGUUGAGGCCGGUCUCACCAACCGCUCGACGGUGGAGUUCCUCUUUGAGUCUUUCUUCUACCCUAAUAGCCCAGGCCCGACGUACGAACCUUCUGCGGACGGAUCGUACAUUUCCAUUACGGUGUCCAGUAUGGUGGCGUUGUCUAAGGGUAACAUUACUAUUCAGUCAAGUGGAAUGUCGGAUGCCCCUAUCAUUAACCCCAACUACUACUCUCAUCCCGCCGAUCGCGCCAUUGCCGUGAAUGCUUUCCGCGAUGCGAGGAAGAUUCUAGCCCAUGCGGCCUUUGCCAACCUGACUGUCGGGCCAGACCACGGCGAAGUGGCGCCGGGGGUUGCAAAUAUCGCCUCUGACGACGACGACGCCAUCUUUGAGUACGUCAAGGCGACUACCGUCCCCAACUGGCACGCUAGCGGCACGAACCGCAUGCUGCCCUUGGAGGACGGCGGCGUCGUCGACCCGCGUCUGCGCGUCUACGGCGUCCAGGGUCUGCGGGUUGUUGACAGCAGCAUCAUGCCCACUGUCCCGGACGUUAACAUCGCGGGGCCGGUAUACAUGAUUGGCGAAAACGGGGCGAGACUGAUCAGGGAGGAUUGGGGCUUUUAA